AUGAACCGGCAUGAGGGCAAAACGGAGGAGGAAUUAAUUUUCCCCUUCCUUAUCAACCCCCUCCACAGGGCCCAGCAGGAAGAGCAAGGGCACCACCCGAACCACCAGCGCUCUCUGUCCCACCGGCCCCGGUGGCCCUGGGGGGCCGGACUCUACUGUCCUGCCCCUGAGGGCCACAGGCCCCCCGAUGAUAGGGGCAGCCAGCCCCACCAUUACUGGCCCUUCGCCACAAGCGAUCUGUACAAUUGGAGGUCUCAGAAUGCUCCGUUCUCGGAGAACCCCCGUGCCCUUACUAACCUAUUAGAAACUGUUCUGUUCACUCAUCAGCCCACCUGGGAUGAUUGCCAGCAAUUGUUGCAGGUUCUGUUCACUAUUGAGGAGGGGGAAAGAAUCCAGUCGGAAGCCAGGAAAUUGGUUCCUGGGCCCACUGGAGUUCCCACUACUGACCAGGCUCAAAUUGAUGCUGGGUUUCUCCUGGCAUGGCCAGAUUGGGACUACAACUCAGCUGAAGGUCCACCACUGGAGCUGCAUCGUUUCUGCCCCGGUGACUGGGUCUACGUUAAGAGAGAUCGCCAAGCAAAUUUAGAGCCCAGGCGGAAAGGCCCAUACACCGUGCUUCUUACAACCCCGACAGCCCUGAAAGUCGACGGAGUCGCCACGUGGAUUUACUAUACCCACUCUUGGCCAGCUGACCCAUUCACGGCCAAAGAGGACUACCGGGCACCAGACCCUCAAUGGAAGGCCACAAAGAACCUCAAAAACCCGCUCAAGCUCAAGCUAUGCUGCUCCUGAUUUUUACUGCUCUACUAACUGUAUGUAAAUCCAAUCCCAGCUCCCAUCUCCCCAACCCUCACCAGCCUACCACUGCCAAAUGGGUUUUGCGAGGACCCCUAACAACACCUAGGGACUUGGGGCGGACAGUUCAAGAAUUGACAUUAACUGGACCAGCAUCCAUCACAUUCCCUACCUUCCAUUUAGACCUCUGUAGUCUAGCGGGAGAUCACUGGAACACAAAUCCAAGGAUUUGUAAAGGUCAGUGUGUAGAUUGUAACACUUUCGGGUGUCGAUCGGGGGCUGACUGCCAACAUCAAAAUCUAAGACAACAGACCUUUUAUGUAUGCCCUGGGACUGGUAACUUUGACACCUGCGGAGGCAUAGAACAUUUCUUUUGUGGCUCCUGGGGAUGUGAAACUAUUGCUCCAUGGGUCAAACAACCCAGUAACGACCUAAUUACCCUUGUUCGGGCCAGUAACCAAACUAGUCCAUCCAAUAGAAACCCAAUUUCUAUUCAACUCACUCCUAGAGGCAAAACAGAGAACUGGUCAGUAGCGAAGGUGUGGGGCAUUCGACUCUGGCUCACCGGUCACGACAUAGGCUUUUUAUUCUCUAUUCAAAAACAACUAGUACUCCCGCCUCCAGUGGCGAUGGGGCCUAUGGCUGCAUCGGCUGCAAAUCAUAAACCUAGAUCCACCUCAAGUGUGCCUGCCCCUACUCAGGCUGCACCGAGCCUCAGUGCUACUGAUUCCCCCCUGGGUGGCGUACCAAUCCAGCUCCGGCCCCCCAGAACAAGGCCAGUAAUCUACUCUAUUCUAAACCUUACUUACAGUUUCUUAAAUUCCACAAAUCUCACCAACACAGACUGCUGGCUUUGUUUAGAUUCACGACCACCUUUCUAUGUUGGAUGGGCAAUUUCUGGGCAAGUGUCCAGAGACAUAGAAGGCCACUGUUCCUGGGGACAGCCUCCUGUUUUAACUAUACAGGAAGUAACUGGUUCAGGCCUCUGUGUCUUAGGAAACGGAGGAACUCUGACAACCUUCCCACACCUCAGUCACUUAUGUAAUCAGACCAUGACGGCUACAGGGUCCUCCUACCUCAGGCCCCCUAGUGGGGCAUGGUUCGCAUGUACUUCCGGCCUUACUCCUUGCAUCCACCCUCAGGUGUUAAAGAACGACACCUUAUGUGUCCUAGUCACCCUCUUUCCACAAGUAUAUUACCAGCCUGCAUCUUCGUUCUUUGAGAUCCAGCCUGAACAAAAACACUCUCGAGGCAAGCGAGACUUCAGAGUGUCAGCGGCCCUCCCAACCCUUAUAGUUGGAACAGGAAUAGAGGCCGGGGUCGGAACGGGCACAGCUGCUCUAAUACGAGGCAACCAACAGUUUGACGCUUUAGCCCAAGCCAUUGACUUUGAUUUAGCCCAACUAGAAAAUUCUACUCGCCACAUACGAGGUUCCUUAGAUUCUUUGGCUGAAAUGGCGCUACAGAACAGGCGGAGACUAGACCUAAUAUUAUUACACCAAGGAGGAUUAUGCCAGGCUUUGGGAGAACAAUGUUGUUUCUAUGCCAAUAACUCGGGAAUUGUACAAGACAGCUUAGCUGUUGUACGCCAACAUCUACAGGAAAGAGCAAAAAUAAGAGAACAGAAUAAAAAUUGGUAUGAAAACAUCUUUAACUGGUCCCCCUGGCUCACCGCUCUCAUUACAGCCCUGGCAGGCCCCCUAGCGCUUCUGCUGCUGCUCCUGACUUUAGGACCCUACACUUUAAAUAGAUUACUUGCCUUCAUGCGAGAACGUCUGGGUGCCAUACGACUGAUGGUUCUUAGGUCUCAAUAUGCCCAGCCCCCAGCCGACCAGAGCGAGGACCAAUACGUACAACUAGGUCCCUUAAAAUUUCAAGAAGACCCAUGAUUGGGCCUUCAACGAUACAAUAGAAGGGGGGAAUGAAA